AUGCUGUCUUCAAGCCCUGCUUCCUGCACCUCUCCCAAGCCUGACAGGGAGAGCCCAAGUAAGAGGGUCCAAUGGGCUUCUGGGAGAAGAAGGACGUCAUCCACAGAUUCAGAGUCCAAGUCCCACCCUGACCCCUCCAAAGUGUCCAGGUCCCGGAGACCAAGCCGGCUGACAGUGAAGUAUGACCGGGGGCAGCUCCAGCGCUGGCUGGAGAUGGAGCAGUGGGUGGAUGCGAAGCUUCAGGAGCUCUUCCAGGAUCAACCAACCCCUUCUGAGCUUGAGAUUGACCUGGAGGCUCUCAUGGAACUAUCCACAGAGGAGCAGAAAACGCAGCUGGAGACUCUUCUCCAAGACUGUCCCCACCCCACAGAGCCUUUUAUCUCUGAACUACUCAGUCAACUCAAGAAACUCCGGAGACUCAGUCGGCCUCAGAAAUAA